AUGGAUGAUACUCUAGGAUUCAAUGAACAGGAAAAAAAGUCGGAUGAUUGGAUUUUUGGGGACACAGAAGACAGCACUAUAUCAGUGUCGUCAACGUCACGGGCUCUUCAACAGAAUCAUGAUUUGCACGUUAUAUCUAAGAAUGAAAUCCAGUCAGAUCGGCCAAUGAUCCAUGCAACGAAAUGGGAAGUACUAGCGUACUACAGAGGUUUUGCGACUGGUCCAACAAAAACACAAUUCUUGUGUAUGCAACAGGAGAAUUUUAAAACAUAUCUCUGGUUCUAUCUAUCCAACGUGUUAUGUAAAACAUUAACAACUACAUAUAUCUAUGUAUUCUUUAGUGUGUACGCUCCGGACAGUCAUUUCUUUAUUUCGAAGAUGCAGCCUAUAGCUUAUGGUUCAACAAUAGCAUUUAUAAUAACGGCAAUUCUGCAAUUAGUCGUAUUUAUACAUAAUACAACAGUGUAUUUGGAUUACCUUAUUCAAGGAGUUUUGUUUAAGAGUCCAUUGAACAGUUUCAUACAUUUAUGCGCAGUUUACUUUGAGACGGGCUUCAAACAUUAUCCAUCGUAUGGACAAGAACUAAUUGAAUUGUUACAGAUAACGGACAUAGAUUUAUUAUCUGAGUCGACGACAGCGCCACCUGUGAUUCAUGUUCUAUCAUCAAGAUCUAUAAGAGAGAUCAAACCGAUACAAGAUAGUUCUCUAAUUGUAACAUCAAAUGCAAUUUUCAACAUAUUCAGAGGAUUCGUGUCGUUAAUGGAGGUUCUUAUAAUAUUCUACAUGUAUCCAAUGGGCAGGCUUGUGGAUGAUCUGACGUUUUUCUCUGGUGUCAGACCGACUAAGUUGAGAGUUAUUACGUUUUGGAUUACACCCGUUUUUUAUACGAUAAAGAUCUACAUCAUGAUGGAGGGAUACUUCGGAGUUUCGAGCCUGGCCUAUCUAUCCGAGGACUAUCCAUUUUACGGAGAACUUAUUUACUUUCUAGCGAUACCAAUGGUAUUGGGAGCUUUGUAUGCGAUAUAUAAAUACGUGUUUAAAUUUAAAAUGGGCUUCCAGCAAUUGUUUAAGCCGCUACCAAACUGGGGUCCAAGGGAUUUUCUUAUAAGGCGAUUGAGGAAGCUAUAUGAUUCUCGUGUCUACAUCGGAUCUCGAGCUCCCCGUGAGCUCAGUAGUUACCUCUUCGAGAAAGCCGAUCUUAACGCAUACAAGCUGGACAUACGAUACGAUACGAUAUCGCGUCGGUCGACACGUGGUGAAGUACAUUUGGAACACGAAAAGCAUGUUUGA